AUGCAGAGACCACCACCUGAAGAUUUCUCCCUAAAGGAGACGAGACCUCAUCUCGGCGGAAACAAAGUCACCGGAGAUAAGCUCACAAGCACAUAUGACCUCGUCGAGCAAAUGCAGUAUCUCUACGUUCGUGUGGUGAAGGCAAAGGAGCUACCUGGGAAGGACUUAACCGGAAGCUGUGACCCUUACGUCGAAGUCAAGCUCGGAAACUACAAAGGAACCACAAGGCAUUUCGAGAAGAAAUCGAAUCCGGAGUGGAACCAAGUCUUCGCCUUCUCCAAAGACAGAAUCCAAGCUUCUUUCCUUGAAGCUACAGUGAAGGAUAAAGAUUUCAUGAAAGACGAUUUGAUCGGCCGAGUUAUCUUUGACUUGAAUGAGAUACCAAAGAGAGUGCCUCCUGAUAGUCCCUUGGCUCCACAAUGGUAUAGGCUUGAAGAUAGGAACGGAGGUAAAGUUAGAGGAGAGCUUAUGUUGGCUGUUUGGUUUGGCACUCAAGCUGAUGAAGCUUUCCCUGAAGCUUGGCAUUCAGAUGCUGCAACUGUUAGUGGAACUGACGCUUUAGCUAACAUCAGGUCUAAGGUUUAUCUUUCUCCUAAGCUUUGGUACUUGAGGGUUAAUGUGAUCGAAGCUCAAGAUUUGAUACCGGGAGAUAAAGGGAGAUACCCUGAGGUUUACGUGAAGGCGGUAGUUGGAAACCAGGCGUUGAGGACGAGAGUGUCACAGGGGAGGACUAUUAAUCCAAUGUGGAAUGAGGAUUUGAUGUUUGUUGCAGCUGAGCCAUUUGAGGAGCCUCUGAUAUUGAGUGUUGAAGAUAGAGUUGCUCCGAAUAAAGAUGAAGUCUUGGGGAGAUGUGCGGUUCCGUUGCAGUACUUGGAUAGGAGGUUUGAUCAUAGACCGGUGAACAGCAGGUGGUAUAAUUUGGAGAAGCAUAUUAUGGUUGAUGGAGAGAAGAAGGAGGCUAAGUUUGCAAGCAGGAUUCACAUGAGGAUUUGUUUGGAAGGAGGUUAUCACGUUCUUGAUGAGUCUACGCAUUACAGUAGUGAUCUUAGACCGACGGCGAAGCAGCUUUGGAAGCCUAACAUCGGUGUGCUUGAAUUGGGGAUAUUAAGUGCGACUGGUUUGAUGCCAAUGAAGACUAAAGAUGGAAGAGGGACUACUGAUGCGUACUGCGUGGCGAAGUAUGGACAGAAAUGGAUUCGGACUCGGACUGUCAUUGACAGCUUUACACCGAGAUGGAAUGAGCAGUACACUUGGGAGGUUUUUGAUCCGUGUACUGUUGUCACCGUUGGAGUUUUUGAUAACUGUCAUCUCCAUGGAGGUGAGAAAAUGAACGGAGGAGGAGCGAAAGAUUCGAGAGUUGGGAAGGUGAGAAUCAGGCUUUCGACUCUAGAGACUGAUCGAGUGUACACACAUUCGUACCCUCUUCUUGUUCUUCAUCCGAACGGAGUCAAGAAAAUGGGAGAGAUUCAUUUGGCUGUGAGGUUCACUUGCGCUUCGUUGCUCAACAUGAUGUAUAUGUACUCAUUACCUCUCUUACCGAAGAUGCAUUACAUUCAUCCUUUAACCGUUAGCCAGCUGGAUAACUUGAGGCAUCAAGCGACUCAGAUUGUGUCAACGAGGCUUACUAGAGCAGAGCCUCUCUUAAGGAAAGAAGUAGUUGAGUACAUGCUUGAUGUUGGUUCUCACAUGUGGAGUAUGAGGAGAAGCAAAGCGAACUUCUUCAGGAUUAUGGGAGUUUUGAGCGGUUUAAUCGCAGUAGGGAAGUGGUUUGAGCAGAUCUGCAACUGGAAGAAUCCAAUCACAACGGUCUUGAUCCAUCUCUUGUUCAUCAUUCUUGUUCUCUACCCGGAGCUAAUCUUGCCAACCAUCUUCCUCUACCUCUUCCUUAUUGGUGUUUGGUACUACCGUUGGAGACCGAGGCAUCCUCCUCACAUGGACACGCGUCUAUCUCAUGCUGACUCAGCGCAUCCGGACGAGCUCGACGAAGAGUUUGACACUUUUCCAACUUCCAGACCGUCUGACAUUGUGAGGAUGAGGUAUGAUAGGUUGAGGAGUAUCGCUGGGAGGAUACAGACGGUGGUUGGUGAUCUUGCAACGCAAGGAGAGAGGGUACAGUCGUUGCUGAGCUGGCGUGAUCCUCGUGCCACCGCGCUGUUCGUCUUGUUCUGUUUGAUUGCUGCUGUGAUUCUCUAUGUGACGCCGUUUCAGGUUGUGGCGCUUUGCAUUGGAGUCUAUGUUUUGAGACAUCCGAGGUUUAGAUCCAGGCUACCAUCAGUUCCUCUCAAUUUCUUCAGGAGGCUUCCUGCAAGAACUGAUUGCAUGCUCUGA